AUUCGUCAAAUUGGCAUGACUGACGCGCGACCGUUUUAGACCAACCGUUUCCAACCGCUUUCGUUGAGCGUUUUAUUAACUCUAACUGCUUUAUUCUCUCUUUGAAAAUUGUGUUUUUAUUAUUUGAUCGGACAAUUAAUAUAGCGAUACCGCGGUGCAUGAUAAUCGCAUGACAAUCAGCAAUUACUCUAGCUAAUGCGGAAGUGUAACAUUUAAAAUGUAGUUAAUGACAAGGUAGAUGGGCGGUUAAAGAACUUUGUUUUGCAUCCUUUAUGUACGUCGACUUCCGAAAUUCGUCAGGAUGAGCACGUCACAGGAUGAAGACGAGCGAAAGAAACGCUCGCUGGAGGCUGGCAGAGAAAUGUUGGAGAAGUACAAGGCACAGCAAUCUGCCAAAGGAAAAAGCACAAAUGUGGAGCAUAUAGAACAGUCUGACGAUGAAUCAUUGGCCAUUGAUAAAUCCAUGAUGCAUGUUAAAGAGUCCAAUAUACAUGAAGGUAUAUCCUCAAGAGACAUAACGCACAGUAGUGUUAGUAUAAGUGAAGGAGAAGCUGAUGUUGAUUUGGAAGGACUUGCGGGACGAGUCGCAGAGUUGGAAGAGUUAUUGCAAGGAAAGGAAGCUAUAGUUGGAGCAUUAAAUGCAGAAAUUGAUCAUUUACGAGCAGAGGCGUCCUCUCCAAAUUCAUCACAAAGUCGCAGCAGCAGUAUACAUGGAAGAGAUAUUAUAUCCUUGUAUCAUGUAAAGCUGCAAGAAUUUGAAAAGGCAGUAAAUCAACGUGACAAUCUAAUAGAACACUUGACAUCAUCUUUAGAACAAGCGUUAUCUGCCAGAGAUGCUGUUACAAAACAGCUUAAUGCCUUAAAUACAAUGCAGCUAACCAAUCCUACUAUAAAUAAUGUGAACUUGCAGCAGAAGAUUGAGGUUCUGGAAACGACAAUGAGCGAUCAAGAUACAUUAAUUCGUCAAUUAAACGCACAGUUGACAGACAUUCGUAAACAUGUACAAACAUUAGAGAUGGAAAGAGAAACACGAAACGCGGAAAUCAAUGAUUACAAAAUGCAGAUAAAUAAUCUAAAUGAACAAAUCCGUCUUGGUGCUGCGGAGAAAAAUUUAAAUAUUGAUGAAACUUUAGAGCAGCAAAAACAAUACGAAGCACGCGUUGAUAAAAUCAAACAAGAUAUGCAGCAUAUUUUAAACAAGUUUACCACUGUGACAAAUGCUAAUGCGGUACGUCAUCAACAAGAGUUAAAGGAUUUAACUUCGAAAAAUGAAGCCGAAAUGAAUAUGAAAAUCUCGAAUAUAAAAGCCAAGCAUGAAGAAUGCAUGCAAAUUCUGAAGGACGAAAACAAAGUACUAGCAGAUCGUUUAAACAAGGAAUUACCUGACUUGGAAACCAGGCACGCCAAAGAAUUAUCCGUUUUUCAAACUCAACUGUCCCAUUACAAGAAAACUAUCGAGGCGUUAAAGCUCGAGUUGGUAAAUCAGGCCGAGUCGCAAAAUAUUGCUCAAUCAGAAGUUCAUUUGUACAAAACAAAACUGGAUGAAUUGAGAUUUGAGGCGGAAAACGAACGACGAAUGCAAAGUUUGCAUUUUCAAAAGGAAAAAGAAUUGUUGAACGAGCAAAUCAAAUUGCAUAAAAUUCAACUGGAGGAAAUUACGUCGAAACACGUCACGUCGAUGAGUAUUCUGGAGUCCAAGGAGAGUAUCGAGCGAUCGCUGGAACAGGCUUUGCUUAACGCCGCUACGCUGAAGCAAGAGAACGAUACACUCAAAUUCAAGUUGGACGAUCUAUCGUACAGAUAUUCUGCAGCACAGUCCAUGAUUGAAAACAGUCAGGUACACGAGAGAACUUUGAGUGGUAAAAUAUUUGAAAUGGAGAGAUCCUUGUCGCGGUUUGAUGCCACGAGUAUCAGUACGAUUAGCGAGUUAGGCGAAACCAUGUACAAGACUUUCGACGAGAAUGUCCAGAACCAAAUGACGAAGCAAAAACUCGAAGAGAAAACGGAAAUGGAAAAGCUGUUGAUCGAAAAGAUUCACAUUCUCGAAGAAGAGAUGCUCAAGACAAAUGACGAACUAGAACAAGCCAAUCUCGCGAAAAAAGUCUACGAGAAGCAGCUGAAGGACAUGAAAAAUACUUGCGACAAGCUGCAGCAGGAAGUCAAUUCAUCGAAACAAUCCAAUCGUGUAACGUCUGAUAAUUCUAUUCAAGAACAUCUACAGAGUUCAACUUCAACUUCUCUGGUGAAUGUCGAAAACGAAAACGACCCGACACGGCGAAUAGAAAAUCAGCAGAGGGAAAUUGAGAGCCUAAAGCUACUAAUGGAGCAGAAAGAAACAGAGAAUAUGAGAUGCAAGAAGGAUUUGGCCGAAAUGACGGAGAAAGCGAAGAAGAUGGAAUCGCAGUGCAACGAAUUAAGAUGCGGUUUGGCCAACGCAUGGGCUCAAUGCGCUGAGUUCGAAGAAAAAUUAAAUCAGACUCUGCUGAUGAGCGACAGCAGUAAAAUUAAUACUUCUCUGAAUACUACGUCAUCCAAGCAGCAUAAAACGAACGAAAGUUUGGAUGACAGUGCAUCAGACCACAGUGCAGUAGACCAGAAAAAAGUUCUAGAAUCACAUAACACUAGUGCCAGCACGUUAAUAGAUAAUAGUUAUCUGAAAAAUGACAACGAGAACUUGUACAAGGAGCUGCAACAGAUUCUGGACGAGUCGAGUUUAGAUGAAGUCAAAUUCAAACUACGUCGUUAUUACACGCUGUGCGAGAAAAUAGCGGUGGAUAAAACGGAGAACACGGACAACACCAGUUUGCAAAAGCAACAGGAGAGCGCAGAUUCGUUGCAAAGAUCCUUGGAUAACUUACGGAUGGAAAAGGAGCUGCUUGGCCAGGAAAUUGAAGAUAUGAUGAAUCGAUGUAAAAAGGAGCUGCAAUCUGUUAAAACAGAUUCUGCCAAAGAGAUCGACAGACUUCAUUCGCUGCUGCAGAAUCUCAAGGAUGGCGAUGCAAGAUUGAACGAUUUGAAAUCCGAACUUGAGGCACGUCAUGCCAAGGAGAUGGAGGAGCUAAGGACGUACUUCGAGCGGAAAUGUUUACAAAUGGAAAAACAGUAUUCCGAAGAAAUCUUCAGCCAGCAAUCAAAACGGAUUUCCGACAACGACAGCGAAACUGAGGAGCUGACGGAUGAUCUAUAUUUUGGCGGUGCCGGAGAUUGCUUGAACGUGUCCAACUCUCGAGCGGCAACGCCCAGCGCCGUUGAUGAAUCUUUAAAGGGCAAAAUUUUAGAAGAUAAUACACGCCUCGAAUCGGAAUUCGAAGGUACUCUUCAAACGUUGCGACAAGAAUUGGAAUAUAAAGUGAAUGAGAUUCAGAAUAUCAAAGCUAGCUACGAGAAAGCGCUAGAGGAACAAAAGGAGUUGUAUGAAUGUCAAAUUCGCGACACCGAGGCGAAGUUGGAACGUUCGACUAUUUUCGCUGUGGAUCAGUAUUGUCAGACAGAAUGGGAAGCAUUGGAAAAUGGUGAAUUAUCGAGUUUGCGUGAUGCAUAUAAUCAUCAAUUGGCAGAGCAGAUCGCAUUAGCUAGACAGGAUAUUGUCACCGCUCUUCAAGAAAAAAUUCAGACACUAUUAUCGGUAGAGGGAGACAAAGAAGACAAUUGGCCAGCUGAGUUAUUAGAAUUACGAGAUAAAUUCACAUGUAACGCCAAACAAGAAAUCCAAGAGUUGAGAAAAAUGCAUAGCGCUGAAUUAGCUUGUCUGAAAGAUGAACACGAUUGCCUUAUGACGCAAAUGCGUGAGCAACAUCAAAAGGAAAUUGCCGUUCUUAAAACAAAUACUCAGAAUGGCGAUAACAAACAAGAAGUCAGCAGUGUCAGAUCUUCAGAAAAUAGCAUCAUGGAAGAAAGGGAUAACCUAAGGAAAACAUGUAUAACUCUCAAGAACUUAAUUGGAGAAUUAGUCAAUUACUUCGUUGUCUGUGAGGAAGAAGUUAACAACACUCUGAUCAACGAGGUUUUAAAAAGACAGUUGACAGAAUCUGUCUUCACUAAUGAAAGAAAUCUAAGCAAGGAUGAUAAUAUUCUAUCUACGACACAGCGGAAGGAUUCGUCCAACCAAUCGAUUAAAAGAGUUCAUUUUGCUCCACAAUCCAGCAAAAUAACUUCCAUCGUUAACAGCGAUAACAAGACACUGCAGAGUUUAAUUGAUGAAGACAUAUACGAAAUACUAAGAAAGGAGUUGAAAGCUUCUUUGAGACGCUUGAAGUCGGAUAGCACACAAAUCCUCAAUCUUUCGUUACCAAGUGGCGAAUCGCCAUCGUCGUCGCCAUCGAAGGAAGCUCUCUUAGCAAGGAAAAUUAAUGAAGAGCUUUCCUUAAAACUGGACCAAGCUGAAACUCUAAUAAUUACCUAUCAAGAAGAAACGGAACAGUUAAGAUUGCAUAUAAGGGAACUGCAGCAAAAGUUGAUCAGCGCAGAAAACAAAAAAGAAGUAAUUACGGAAGGAUAUGGCGAAAGUGAUCUUUCCAGGGGCGACAUUGCUUUACAAGAUUUUUCGCAAGUGCAAGAAAAAGCUAGACACGUAUUGUCAAACGGCGGCGGUGACGCGUCUUAUUUGUUACAAUUAAUAGAGGAGCUUUGCAGACAAAACGAUAAACUAAUGGAUGAUGCUAGAAAAGAGAGAGAAGAUUUACAGCAACAGCAGGUACCUUUAGAACCUACUCCUACCCCAUACAUUCACAGGGUUUGCUGCAAAAAGAUUGAAGCUGCGGACAAGCAGCUGCGAGCGACACGACGAUUUCUGGACGAGCAAGCGAGCGAGCGCGAAAUGGAGCGAGAUGAAGCCGCGAAACAAAUACACUUCUUGCAAGAGCAGCUCAAAGAACGCGAGCGCGAGAAAGAGAGAGAUAUGCGUAUUAAUUCAGAGCAGUCUGAGCUAUCAUCUGAAGCAACUUCAAACAUCCCUGAGCUUCAAGCGAUUGACAUCGGCGCAGCUGUGGGGGCUCUUGAAUCUCAGAUGAGAGAGAUGUUGUCAUCAAUAUCCGACAUGGAAGCGAAGAAAUCGGAGAAGGAAAGUGAGUUGAAGGCAGCGGUGGACAAAAUAUGGGUCUUGCGAGACAUCAUUACCGAUUUGGAGCAACAGCUGCAAGUCAAAAUUGAACGGGAAGAGUCCUUGCAACUGCAAAUCGGCCAAUUAGAAACUGUGAUAACCGCGCAGACGAAGAAUCAACAAGAACUGGUUCAAGAGCUAGAUGCUAUCAAGUCUGGCAGCGAAAGCAGACAUCUGAACGAACAAAUCAAUCAUUUGCAGGAGGAACUGAGCAAGCACAAGUUAAGCUCCGAGCACUUCAACGUCAAUUCGUCCGUUCUGAAGCAGAUGAAAGCGGAGCUUCACGAGAUGCAAAAUCAGUUAGACAAAAGAAUACGAGAGUUGGAAUCCGCUCAUAUGUGCGGCUCGAAUUUGAGCUUGAGCCAACCGAGCAAAGAUGUUUCGAUCAGGGAGCAGAUAGACGCGACGAGGUGUUUGACCCCGGAUCAAGUACUCAAGUUAAAAGAUAAAAUGCUAAAACAUGCGCGAGCGGAGGAAGUGGCCUUCAAGAGGAUCAAAGAUCUAGAGAUGCAAUUGACAGCGAUAAAGAAUCAGAAUGAGGAAUUGUUAGCGGAACAGGAGAUUUUACACCAGACGGCGUCCGAGCAGUUGUUCCAAAUCGAAGCGAUGCGCGGCCGAUUGGAGCAACACAAGCAAAGCGCUCCCUUCGCUCAGAAACAAGCAACGUCCCGUUUGGAGUUACAGCUGCACGAAGCUACAACGAAAUAUCACUCCUUGGAGCAAACCAUCACCGAUAGAAAGAUGGAGUUGAAGGAACUGAAAGCGCAGCUCGAGAGAGUUAAUCAGAUGAUGACGGAAAAGAUGGAAAUGGAAAAUCUCGUGCGAGCGGAAAAUGACGCGUUGCAAAAGCUGAAGGAUCAAUUGAAGGUCGUUCAGGAGGAAAAGCGGAUAUUGCAGAUAAAACUCGGAGCGCAGGAGCAGCACACGCAAUUGGAGUUGCAGUUGCCGCAGCUGAUCGACACCAUGUUGGGCGACAAGAACGAGGAGAUUAAUCAUUUGAAGGAGCAACUGUCUAAAAAGGAGAAGCAAUUAAACGCUUAUUCGUCGCUCGCUUUGGACGACAUGCAGCUGAGAGAGUUGACGAAACAAGCGGAGGCGAAGAACAGCGCGCGAACGUUGAGCGAUAUCCUCUCCAUUCAUUCGGAAUGCGAGGAAUUCCCCGAAGCUAUUCGAACGACUAAUGUGACGAACGCAACGUCGCACAAUGUCUCCAGCUUCAAAGUUCCUACAUCCGUGUCGAAGAACACCUUGAAUACGAACAGUUUGAACACUUUGGAAGUGCCUUUGCUCGAUAUGGACAAGAUGGACGUGCAGGUCCCCCCGUUGGAAUUAGAUAUGCUCAGCUUCAGCAAUGGCAUUCGUCACUCGGGCAUGGAGUUGCAGCGUGUCGAUGGCGAAUCAAAAUUAUCGUCCCCUAAGAACGACGUCAGCGAAGAAUCUCAACAAGCCGAAGAACUGCUCGAUGAGAAACUGAAGGAGAUCGAAAAUCUGUCGUAUCAGCUGCAAACUCUGCAACAGGAGCUCGAAUUGAAGUCCGAUCUCUUGGGCAAAUACGAGAUAGAGUUGGCUUCCUUGCAGAAGCAGUACAAGAACAUAGAAGACGAAUUUAAGGAAACUGUUGAAAACUUGAUGCGAGAUAAGGAUUUCUAUAAAAAUCAGUACGAACUGUCCCAGGCGUCGGAAGGUAAGAUAAAGAAGGACUUGGAGGAAGUGGAGAACAUCCUGAAACUGAAGACGAACGAACUUCAGGAUCAAAAAGACAGGAUGCAGGUGAACGAAAAGAUCAUCACGGAGUUAAACACGGAGAAUACAAAGUUAAAGAAAGAGAUGGAAGUUAGAGAAAGGGAUCAGACGAAGAGGAGUAAUUUCUUGCUGCAAGAGAGGAUGCAAGAAUUGCAGAGACUCGCCUUGGAAAAGGAUAUCGCACUUGAAACUCUCCAGACGCGCAACAUAGAAAUUGAGAACGAGAACAAGCAGCUGUACGACUUCAAGAUGAAGGUUCACGCGCGCGAGCGAGAGAUCGCCGAGUUACAGGACGAAAUCCAGCGACUGAGGGACGGUCUGAACAAUCGGGAUCUGGUGAUCCGCAAGUUGGAAGAAAUGGCGAAGCGGACGAGCGACGUUCAGUCGGGUACGUCGUCGCCGUCGUCGUCUAGCAGCAAGGAUCAAGAGAUCGAUCACCUGCAAGAGUUCUUGAAGGAGAAGGACAAGGUGAUCAGGCAGAUGAGCGACGACAGCAAGAGUCUGCAUCGGGCGCUGGAAACGAUUCAAAGUAAGAUGAAGGAGUCGGGUAACAUUGUGGAACUAAGAAGGAAAUUGAAGGAUGAGCGCAGGAUGAAUGAGGAGUUGAGGGACAUAGUGCAGAGCCUGCAGAAAGAGUUGGAGCUGAAAGAUUCGUCCGCGCAACGCUCUCAAGAUGACAGCGACAUCGAGGAUAUGGUUCAACGCGAGCUGAAUCUCUCUGCGCGACUGGACAAACAGAUUAUGGAAGUCAUUAAGGAUGACGCCGAGGAAGUUGCGGGUGGAACGACGGAGGGACAUCAGCAGAAAUUGAAUGAGCUUCGUAAGGAUAAUGAGAUACUGAAGAGACUUAAAGACGACUUAGAAGUCGAGCGCGACAUAAUGAAACAUCAGAUCGCCGAGUACGAAGAUCGUAUUCUGCAAUUGAAAGCGGAUUUGGCAGAGGAGACGAAGAAGAUCGUCAAACUGGAUAGAGAGCUCGCGUCGGAGAGAAAUACAGCGAAGUUCUUGAGAAUGCAAAUAGAGGAGAAUCGUCGAAUAACGGAAGCGGGACGAGUUCAGGACACCAAGUUAGUCGAGUACCUGCAAAAGAAGCUGCAAGUUUCUCUGGAGAAUGAGGUGAAGCUUCGCAAUGAUCUGGCAUUGAUGAGACAAGAACAAAUUAAUCUGGACUCAAAGUUGAUAUCAAUGAGGAAACUGUUGGAAGCUGAAAACAACAGAAACGUGACCAAGGACGAGUUGGAAAGAACAAGUGAAAACGUCGAGGAGAAUUGCGAGAAUAAUGCGGAAUUGCGAGUGAAUGUAAAGAGACUGGAAACUGAGGUGAACAAAUGCGAGAAGCGGCUGGAAAUCGCGGACGAAGAACGGGAAAGACUGAUCAGCGGCCUAGCGUUAGCGAACGGUCUAAAAGAGAUUCUGGAGGCUGAUUUGCGAAGAACUGCGGAUGAUUUGAAAGCGCGAGAAGAGGAAUGCAAUUAUCUGCAGAAGCAGCUAAAGAUGUUUAUCAAAGCUGAAGACAAGAAGCAGGAACAACGAGAUGUCGAACUGGAAGAGAUCAAAGGACUGCGCAAAGAGAUUAGCAUCGCUCGGGAGGCUAGGAUAGAUCUGGAGGCUGAUAUAAAACUUGCGAAGUAAGAACUCAAGGAAUUCUCGGAUCGGGAUCUGAAACUUGCGCGCACAGUGGAAUCUUGGAAAGAGCGGGAAACUGAGCUCAUCGCAAAACUGACAACGUCGAAAGAGAAAGAAAGGAAAUUGAAGGAAUUGAUAGAAUAUUUAUAGUCAAACUUAAAGGCCGAAAGAGAGGACGAUAUAAGGCACAAACUGGUGAGCUCUAGCUUUGCGCAGAGGAAUAAAGAACUGAACGAGACGGUCGAGAAAUACACUACCGAAAAGAGCUAUCUGGAGGACAAACUCGGCAGGGUAAGGGUAGAGAGGGAAAUUUUGACACAACGUAUGAAACAGCUCGAAGGACAAGUAAAGGAAUUGAAAAGUACAUAAGCUUCAAGCCAGCAAACAGCUCCCAUUGAGAGGUUGCAAAACUUUUAUGGCCAAUAUCUACGAGUGGACAGCAGACGGAAAGCAUUGGCGUAUCAGAAAAAAUAUUUGUUAUGCAUCCUCGGCACUUAUCAAUAUUGCGAGGAGAAUACGCUGUGCGUGCUUGCGCAAUUGACUCAAGAUCAACGCUCUUACACGCGAAUGUCGCACAAGAAAAAAGUGCGUUUCAGGAUUGCUGUUCUGGCGAUAAUCAGUAUGCACAGAAUGAAGUGGUUAAUUCAACGCUGGCAAACGGGAAAACGGGUGGGCGCUAACGCUAUCAUGGGUAACGUGGGUCAAUUGAUUGCCGCGUUCGCGUUAAAUCAUUCGCCGCCCGUUAGAAAAACAGCGUUAAAUCAUUCGCCGCCCGUGAGAGAAAGGACCACAAAUGGAAAUAGCGGAUUGAGUGGUUUUACACUCAAGCAGUAUUACCAGCAAGUAAGAAAUUUCCAAGAGAUACUCGACUCAGUUAUGGAGGAGUCCAAACCUAGUCAUAUUAUCUCAAAAUAACAUUACAUAUAUAUUUUUAGUACAUGUGUAGAAGUUCAACUGUACAGUGUUAGCGUUGCAAAUAUCAUAUAAUCAUUCAAAGUGCAUCAUAUAGAUCGUGUUUUUUCAAAACGGUUUAUUGAUAAUUCAAUUUUAACAAUUCUAAUUUUCCAGUUUUUAGAUCACGAAGACGUAGACAUCAAUUCUUAAAUUUUGGGAUGACGUGGAUGACUCUGAUCUAAAAUUUUUAUAUUUCUGAAUCCAUGGAUUUUGAGAUUUCGAAAGUAUUAAUGUAAGCGACAAUUGAAAUUCGUUGUUAAAUCGUAAAAUUCAUGAAAUUUUCUAUCACUGAUAAUCUACAAUCUUAUCGUUUGCGUUCAAUGAACAUGCAUUUUUGAGGUCCUUGGAUUUUUUAUAUUCUUGGAUCGUUUAAUUCUGCUUCGUCGUUUAUUACGAUCUUUUCUCCCUUUUUAAUAAACACGUCCUAUGUUUUGUACUAGAUUGCAGUCGUCAGUGAUCGAUCUGCAUGGGAUUUCUAUUUCCGUUCGACUGCACGGUUUACAUCGUACUAAUUGAUCGUUAAACAACUAAAUAAAAAUGUAAAUUUCGUCAGCUUGACCGGAAAUAAUCGAAACUGGGCAUUUAUACGGACUCUGUAAUAGACUGCCGGUUUUAUAUGUUUUUAUCGUUACCGUCUCGUACGAGACUUUUGAUUCACGGUAUCUUUCUCUUGUUGAUCACGGUGAUGUAACUUGAAAAUGUCACUUGUGUAUUAUGAGGCGUCAUUUACCAGGCGUAACUUCAUUAAUAAGUAAGAAGAACGUGUGCAUGUAAAGUAGUUUUUAGCAUUGUAAGACACAUGAGAGGCUUUUAUUGAUCGUUAGCGGAAUAGAAGCAAUUUCUGCGAUAAACACAAUCGUCUGGACAUUGCUUUUAUUUACGCUUAUAUAUAGUAUAAGUUAUAUAUAGAUAUAGUUGGUAGUACAAAUAUGUAAACCUGCGUGCCUUGUACGCCGUAAAACAGGUUUCAUUAUUUAUUUAUGAACAGAUUGUCAUAAGCUUUUUAUAUAUCGCGAGUUGCAUGUAAUGUGAAUACUACUUUUCCUGAAAUCUGUAAUAAAGAAUCGAUCUUUUAAUACA